AAGUAGUGAAAAUUCAUUCAAAUAUCAAGGGGUUGUCCAAUGGUGGUAUGUCGACAUGGAGCAGUCGCACAUGAGAAACCGAAUCCCCUCAUUUGCCCACCAUCCCGAGGGGAGGGUGUGCGCGCAUUCUGAACGGGCAGAUCGAUGCUGGAAAUAGCUCAGGCCCCCCCGAGUACGAGGUGAGUCGCCUUCGCCAAGUGCCAGAGCCUCCUCGGCUCUCUUCGUUCAGUGGAAUACAAAAAAAGGUCCGAUAUAUUUUUUAAAGACACCAUUACCAAUCCUUCCACGACUAAAACUCCCAAAAAUUAAAUAAGUGAACUUGUAAAAUACAAUAAACAGUGGAACACUCGCGCAACAAAACGUUCGCCACCACCCCGACCUCAAAAUAAUUUUCUCUCAACCCCAUUACCUCUAUCAUUAACGUUGAAAUAAUUUCCUUGGACUAAUUAAUCCACCUCUCAUGGUGCUUGUAACGGGAUGAUGAAGUUAAAACAAUGUGCAACGUACAAAUGGGGCUCAUGAGGCUUGAUUCAGGCCUCCCCCCCACUGCGCUAGGUCUUAGAGGAUGCACAAGCUAGCCAAGGGUCUCAAGAAGAAGAAAAAGUCGAAGAAAGGAAAGAAGGGAGCUGAGGAGGACGAGUUCGAUCCAGAAGAGCUCGAACGUUAUCGGCGUGAACGGGCAGAGGCCCUUGAGAAAGCAGCGCAAGAGUCAACUGGUGAACAAGGAGGUGCAGCUGGCUCAGACGAGUGGAAAAAAUUCCAGGCACUGACUGCUGGUGUCGACGAUAUCUUGAAGAAGACCCAGGGUGACCUAGAUCGGAUAAAAUCGACCUCAUUCUUCCAAAGGGUAGCUCCCGUUGUUGAGGAGAAAAAACCCGAGGAGGAUUCGGAAGUCAAGAAGGCUCGGGAGAGGCGAUAUCUUGGAUUCGAUAAGGACGGAAAUCCCAUCGAACAGGACGAAGUUGACGAGGGGAAGAAGAAGAAGGAGUUAACUGUCACAGAAGACGGAUUUGUCGAGGUACCUGAAGACGAAGAUGAACAGGAGGACUCCGAGGAGGAAGAUAUCUUCGAUACAACGUAUAUCGAUGUUCUCCAGAAUAUCGACGUUCAACUAGCUUACAUCCCGGAGUCACCCACUGAGGAAGAGGCUGGUGACGACCCAUUCGAUACGACAAAUGCUGAUAAAGUCCUCAAGACUGUUGAUAAACGUGGAAAGAAAGUCGUGAGUCUUGGAAACGCGGUUGAAGUCCUCUCCGGACGGGUUGAUCACGUGAGCACAUGUAAGAUAUCAAGACCCAGGAGGGUUAAAGCACAGGAUCUUCUCCUUGGAGAUGAAGACGACCUUGAUGCCCUCGACGUAACACCAGAAGCAGUUGAGGUUGAAAAGUCACUGCUUGACGACGACACUGAUCUUCCUGAUGUACCGAUUGAUUUGGCUAACCUACCCCCCGUCACUAAUUUACCACGUCCACCAGAGGUACAUUCGGACGCCGAGAAACUUGCAGAGGCUCCCCUAGACAUCUCAGAGUUCGAGGUGCUGAAGGAGAAGACAAUUCUCGAGGAAAUCCCGGAUUUAGACGACGAUUUUGAUCUCAAUGGACCCAGUGACGAGCCGGUGCAACUAGAAGAGGCGAAUGAUCCAUUCGCUGAGAAGGAACCUGAACACAUUGUACCUGAAACUGACAUAAUCGAAGUCAGCUUUGAAGCAGCGACAUUCGUUGAUGAAGACGAUCCAUUCGACACAGGUUUCGCUGAGAAUUUGAUACCUGGUAAGGUAGAGUUGAAGUUCAUUGAGAAGGAACUUGAGGAAUUACCCGAGAGCGAGGUUUCUAUUUCACUAACCGACCCAGCUGGCCUCAAGAGAGACUAUGAGACAGGUCUGCUGACAAGUCAACAGACCACUACUUCAUUCGCUGCAAAGAAGGAUCUUCUCGGAGGCUCAACAACUGAUCUCAGUCAGCUCGUCGAUGAACCCAUUGCACCAGUGGAGGAUAUCACCUAUACAGAUCCAUUUGACACAUCUGGUAUUCAGGAACUUCCACCGGGCCAGGCAGAGCUCAAGUUCUUGGAGAAGGAACUUCUUGGUGACAGUGGUAAUCAGCCAGUUAAUACUCUAGACGACGACGACUUCGAUCCUCGUGAGGGAGAGACACCAGCACCCGCAGAAUCCCCACAAUUCCAGGUAAAGUUUGAAGCAGAGGAGGAGGAUAAGACCAUACCCCCUCAGGGCCGAAAGCCUUCACGCCCGGAGGCUCUGGGUCUCGCGGCAGUUAAAGCCGUUGCUUUCGAACUACCAACACCCUCUCAACGUCCUGAUCUAUUAAUAACUGGAGAAGAGGAGAAAUCGAUAGCAUCAAAGCCAUUAACACCGUAUUAUUCUCAAAAAUCUCUCGAAGACGCACUUCCUGAGGACGAGGACUUGGAAGAGGCGAGUGUCGAUCCCUUCGACACAAGUUUCGUAUCAAAAGUCACUCCCGGCAAGACUGAGCUGAAACUCAUUGAAUCAGAACUUCUGAAGGAAGAGCCAAAGUUGACUCACAGUGUCAGCGAGCACGACUUUCACCCCAAAAGUGAACAGCAAUUGGGAAGACGUCAGAGUGACUUUGGACCGGGUUCCCUGCGGCCCAAGAACUUGAAACUAGGUGAAGGUGAUCUUCCCCUUAUCGAAGACAGGGAGGAGCCUAGGGACGUGUUUCAAGUGAACGAGGCAGUCAACAGACGAAAAAAAUUCGAGUCAAAACGACAAGAGAGUCUUUUGGAUGCUGAAGUGGCAGUGGAUGCGAAGCCCCUCACCCCCAGGAUAGAGUCCAAGGUCAUCGAGGAGGAGGAGGAAAUUUCGUACGUUGAUCCCUUCGAUACGUCGAUAGCCAGUAAUAUUUUACCGGGCAAAGCCGAACUGAAACUCCUCGAGAGUGAAUUGAGCCAGGUGUCAGUCAAUCCCAUUCCCGUGAGGAUCAAUAAAAUUGACCUCAACAAGGUAUCAGCCCCACCAGCACCCCUUCUAGACGACGAGGAGGACUUCGAUCCGCGAGCUGGUGAAGUCAAAGAGGCGCCAGAUUUUCUAUCCAUCGAGGAUCAGAACUCUGGGGAUAAAGUUCUCACUCCACAACAGAAUUCUGGAUUGGAUGAGGACAUAGAUCCUUUUGACACAAGUUUCGCUGCUAUUGGACCGGGUAAAACCGAGCUGAAACUUCUCGAGUCGGAGUUGAUGGAGAAAUUAUUCAACAUGGAUUCUAAAGGGGGUAAUCCUUUCCUGAUGGAUGACUACCCAGCAGAGCAGGCUUCCCAGCAGUCAAAUCCAUUCCUCCAGGAUUUUGCCGAGCCCGCACCAUCAGCUGGGGAAAAUCCAUUUUUAAAUUUCUCAACCGAAGCGGCUUAUCAACCGCCGACCGAUUCAACAAAUCCCUUUGCAUUGUUCGAACCAACUCAGGAUGAUCAGCAACAGUAUAUUCCACCCACUUCUGAGCCGGAGGUGUUGGCGCCUGACCAGCCCGAUUUAUUCGGUGUCGAGGAACAGCCGACGAGUCUCUUUGGCACUGAAGAGCCAGAAGUCUUCCCAAUGGAGCCGGUGGCCUUCAGCCCACCCCAAGAGCCCACCUCCUUCAGUCCUCCACAGGAGAGGGCCUCACCACCGAAACCUGCACCUGCAAGACCUCCACCACCUCCGAGACCCGGACCACCACCGACACCUCCUAGGAACACCAAAGACCUCAUACUCUCUGUAACUGGGGCGAUGGACGCGACCUCAAAUCACCUGCUGGAUCGAUUACAAUUUACACGAACUCCUAGUCCAACUCUGAUGCAUUCCCCCUCACCAACGCCCGAACACAGCGUCGCAGACCUCCUAGACGUUGAUUCCAACAUACCAGAUUUACCAGCGGACACCACUCACCCAGAGACAUCUCAAUCGCAGAACAUUCUGGACUUAUUUGACGCACCACAACCUGCUGAGACAGGUGCUUCAAUGUUCUCAGCACCCGUCACGAGUAUGGACACUUUGACGCACUCUGUAUCCAGUACAGACACGAUAUUCUCGACGAGUGUCACAGAUACCUUCAAUCAAGGUCAAGAAAAUCCAUUUGGGGCGAUAGAGUCAGUCGCUGAAGCCCCCAUCCCCGAGGAGACGCCAGUUGAAGAGGCAAAGAGAUCUUCGAUAGACGUCACAACUCCUACGACGACGUCAGGCUUCGACUUUGGGUCCGAAACAGCAGAAACGAUCGUUGAAACUCUCCCGACGGCUGUGGAAUCAAAUUUCUUCGCAGCAGAGGAGCCUACAGACGUCUCAUCCUCUCCAUUCUCGAGCGCACCCUCUGGAAUAUUCGGGGGAGAGCCUCUUUUCACGACAGCCAGCAGUACUGAGAGUGCCCAGGCACCAGUGGUUGAUCGUCAGACGAAUAUAUUUGCUUCGGACUACCUCGGGGACUUUUCAAAACCCAGUGAUGAUAUUGGAGAACUGGUUUCCACGAGCCCGACACCAGCUUCCGAGUUUCCGAAUUAUCCAGUGGAGGAAGAGCUUGAUAAUUUCGCAGCUACUACGAGGGCGAUUGAGAGUACGGGCGAUGCCUUCGAUGCAUUCGCUAGUAAGUUUGAUAGAGCAGCAGAGCCUGAGCCAACAAGUGGCGAUCCAUUCUUCGAUGCCUUUGGAGGAAGUGGUGGACAGACAGCUAUGGACACCUCGAGUGAUGUCUGGGGAGAUUCAUCAGCAGCUGGAUCCGAGAGUGCGGUAACGGGCUUCGGGGAGUCCGAUGGUUUUGAUUCCUUCCUCAGUAUGACAGCCCCUCCCCAGGAGUCCAAAGCAAUGAAAAGGACAGAGUCCGGGGACUCGGACGAAGCCCCCGAUUUUAGUGUCUUCAUAAAGCCGAAAGAAGGAGGUGACCUGGGCAUAAGCCAUGAAGGAGGGCCCGUUCCAGUGCUGGCACCUCCUCCGAAGAGCCCUAUAAACUCCGCCUACAAUGACUCAUCUCCACGAUUUAAUCCUUUCGACAAAUUUGGCUUCGCCCAGGAAGCUGUUAUUCCAACGGAAACCCCCCAGCCAGCGGAAAUGACACGAACCGACUCUCAGGAAACUCCACCGACCCCCCUCUUCGACGAGGACGUCAGUCAACCCCUGGAGGAUUUCCCAAGGGUCACCUACACCGGCGACGGCUGGGAGUUCCACCUCAGGCAGCCGAACAAAAAGAAAAUCACGGGACAACGAUUUUGGAAAAAAGUUUUCGUUCGCCUGGUCUACCAGGGGGACAGCCCCACUCUUCAGCUAUUCAAUAACAAAGACGACAAGGACCCAUUCACAGAACUGCCUCUAUUGACUUGCUAUUCGGUAUCGGAAAUAGCUGCUCAACAGUUCGAUCAAUACGGAAAGAUAUUCACCAUUAAGCUACAGUAUAUUUUCUACAAGGAACGUCCUGGUGUGAGACCUGGCCAAGUGACAAAGGCAGAGAGACUGACCAACAAACUCAGUCAAUUUGCUGCUUAUGCUAUUCAGGGUGACUACCAGGGCGUGAAGGAGUUCGGGAGUGAUUUAAAAAAGUUGGGGCUUCCGGUUGAGCAUGCACCGCAGAUAAGCCAGUUGUUUAAACUUGGCUCGCAGAAUUAUGAAGACAUGAAGACAUUCUCGAGUGCUAUCGAGGAGGCACUCUUCAGGCUAGCUGCACACAGAGAUCGAGCACUUACUUAUAAGAUGGAGGAAGUGCAGAUUAAUGUUGUUGAUGAAGUCUACGUGGAACAGAAUGCCGAGGGACAUGUGGAGAAGCAGAUCGCCAGGGUUCGAUUGUUCUUCUUAGGCUUUUUAACAGGGAUGCCAGAUGUUGAACUCGGCAUUAACGACAUGUGGCGGCAAGGGAAGGAAGUCGUUGGCCGACACGACAUCAUCCCCGUCGUCACUGAAGAGUGGAUUCGUCUUGAAAAUAUCGAAUUCCACUCGUGUGUACAGCAGGACGAGUACGAAAAAUCUAGAAUCAUAAAGUUCAAGCCGCCUGAUGCAUGUUACAUUGAAUUAAUGAGAUUCCGAGUGAGACCGCCAAAAAAUCGGGAACUACCGUUGCAAUUGAAGGCUGUCAUGUGUGUCACCGGUAAUAAGGUGGAACUCAGGGCCGAUAUCCUGGUUCCGGGUUUUGCUUCCCGAAAACUGGGUCAAAUACCCUGCGAAGACGUGAUGGUUCGCUUUCCCAUCCCCGAAUGUUGGAUUUACUUAUUCAGGGUUGAAAAACACUUUCGAUAUGGCUCCGUUAAAUCCGCCCACCGGAGAACCGGAAAGAUCAAGGGAAUCGAGAGAUUCCUGGGAGCUGUGGACACGAUGGAGCCCCAGCUUAUGGAGGUGACAUCGGGUCAAGCAAAAUAUGAGCAUCAGCAUCGUGCUAUUGUCUGGAGAAUGCCCAGAUUACCCAAGGAAGGUCAGGGGGCUUACACGACGCACCAGCUCGUCUGUCGUAUGGCUUUAACGUCUUACGAUCAGAUACCAGAUAAUUUGGCUGAGUAUUGUUACGUGGAAUUUACCAUGCCAGCCACUCAGGUCUCCCACACGACUGCACGUAGUGUCAGUCUGCAGAAUAGUGACUCUGACAAUCCACCAGAAAAAUACGUGAGGAAUUUAUCGCGUCAUGAGUACAGGGUUGGUAUCGAGCACACUCAGGGUGAGGGUCCAGGUGCCUACAUAGCCGCAACAAAGAAAAUACCAGAAGCAACACCGGAGGUACACGAGGACGCCCAUGAGCCUCCACCUCCGGCGGAAUCGGACUCGGACUCCUCAGAGUAGACUUGCAAAUAAGUAGAAUCAAUAACAAAUAUAACCAGAUAAUCAAUCCAAUCCGAUAUAACGAAUGAAUUUGUGACAUCGUAAGUUGAUAUAUCUAAUGAGGAACAUAGAAUUUUAUGAGUAAACGAAGUGGAGACGUAUCGAGGUGCAGUUGAGGAGGAUUAAUUGUUAACGAAGGACAAUACACAGCUUUUCAUUUAUUUUUGCUUGGAUUAAAUUACUUUGCUGACCUCUUAAUUGGGGAAAAUAUUUCUAUGAAUUAAAGCUGAUGCUAUGGAUUGAUUAGCUAUGUAUAUGGGCUUGAUAAAAUUCAGCUUGUUAAUGAACGAUAUUACUGGAAAGUGUUGAUUUACUUUUGACGUAGAAUUGCUGCACUCGGAGAAUAAAAUUUUAGAGAUAUAAAUUCCGUAAUUAGGACUAAUCAUGGAAUUUCUGUGUUUGAAAAUUUUUUUCUCACGGUGUAAGGUAAAAUCGUGCAUAUCCUUAUUGUUUGGGCCCUGCAGAUGAUCUAUCGCGAUGUUAUCUAGUCAUUUUAGGUGACAGAUUAUAUAUUGUUGCAUUAUAUACGUCGUAGUUUAAAAAAAUAUAGAGAAGAAUAUUAUAAAGGUUGAUUUAAGGACAAUUAUAAACGAGUGUUGGUGAUAACGAGUCAUUUAAAUUAUCUAGAAUAACUAACAUGUAUCAAGUGAGUGCGCAAUUCUAGACAAUUAAGUUUCAUUUUCAUGUUUAUUUUUUAUUUGACAAGAAAUUGUCACGUUCUGAGAUUCUCAAGAGAACCCCAGCUAAGACCAAAGAUGUGAAUUAGUAAAAUCUGCAUUUUAAUGAGUGCAAAUUUUGAAUAAUUAACUAUAGGAUAAAUUGAUAAGCACGAGUCGCGCAUUGCGUCCAUAUAUCUGUUAUAUAAAGUAUACGCUCGCGUCUCAAAAAGUAUUAGAGUAUGAUAUAAUAUAUAAAAUCUAAAGUUAAUGAAGAAAAUAUCCUUUAAGUUUCAGUUGUUUUAAUUUUCUGUUCGCGUUUUAACGUCCUGAAAAGGACUUGGGAGUGCACUACUCUAGUCAUUAGCUCGUAAGGAAUAUAUUAAUUGAUUGAUAUUACAGUAGACGUAAGAUUAAUUUGAAUGCGGAACAAACUGAUGAAUUGAUGCAUUUUCUCUUGCUUUAACCAUUGGAUUAAAACUUCUCAAACAUUCCAACUAGUGAGGGAGAGUUAUGAGAUAUACUGAUAUGAUAUUGUCAGUUGUUGACUCUACGAAUUGAUAAAAUAUCCUCCAGAGUAAUAAAUUUUCAUUUGAAUUUAUGGAUAAUGAAUGAAAAUAUAAAAGUUUUUCGAAACUUGUUGCCAAUUGGCGACGUUUCCAGCUCGUGAUCUCAAUAUGUAAUCGCACGUGAGAACAAGAACGGCGUUGUAUAGUUAAGCUAAAAGAAAUACUCAAACUAUAAUGCAUGUAUAGUGUUAGGCAUAUGUAAAAUUAUAAGGCCAUGAAAACAAAGAAGAAAUUAUUUCCAGAGGCAACUCGAUCAGGCAAUUUAUUUCUAGCCACCAAAUAAACCGAGUCAAUUUGCCAAAAAAAGAGACGUGUUCGUUGAAUGUCUUCUCACUUUAUUUUAAUCCGAAAGUAAACGUUGGAUGAUACCGCCUGUACUACAUUCUGACGGUUUCAAUUUUCCGAGAGUCUAACCGUGACUAAUUUGCAAAAAAAACCAUAAGAAUUUCAUUAUAAAAAUUAGUUUAAUAAAGAAUGAAGUGAGGAGAAUAUUGUUGUUAAUUAUAAUCCACGUUGUACAUCGAUAUCAUGCAAUAAUACACUCCAGACGAUUUAUUUUCAUUCAGCUGGGAGAAAAACAUAACUGAACAGAUGAUAAAAAACCUCAUAGAGCUAUAAACUAAAAAAAUAUAAUAACAAUUAACAGCCGGUGUUGAAAGUGCUGUUGAAACCAAUGGUGGAGAGCCCGAAAAAGCGUUACCAAAUCGCGUAGCUUUUCCUCGAAUGUAUGUGUAGGCUGGAAAAUAUUUAUCAUCUCUAGACCAUUUUUAAUGAACUAUUUCCUAUUUUUUCCGGACUUUACCGACGGAUUUUUUUGGCGCAUUCGUAGAGUUCUUUAUGAAAUAUUAUCGCACGUGUUACCAAACUCCUACCCUACUCCCUUUGUAAAUGAGGAAAAAUCCGUUGUCAUUGUUAUAGAAAUAGAUAAAUUGUUCAAUAAAAAUAAUAUUUACGUUAAAUUACCAAUCAAAUUCCAACAAUGAGAAAUACCGACGUUUCCAGUGAAUUCAAGCAAAAAAAAUAAUGAAAAAUCAAUGAAAUACCGUAGCAUAUGUACAUGAUAAUGUAUAUCAACUAUAUAUACCCUAAUAUGUGAAAACGGGAGUAUACACCUCAUGUAUGAUACCUAUUUGUCCUUAAUAUGUGCUGGGCAAAUGAGAGAGAAGAACGAAGUAGUCGAGUGAGAGUGCAAGAACGACAGAACGCGUGUAAUCAAUUAUUUUAAUUUAAAAAUGAUGAAAAUCGGAACAUAUAUAUGUAUCUAUGAAUAAUAUGAGAAUUGUUUAAGCAAUUAAA